AUGUCAACAUCACCAUCAUCAGUUGCUGCUGCUUAUGCACUACAUCAUCAUCAUAUACAUACUCAUCAUCAUAUUCAUCCAUUUCAUCAUCAACAUCAUCUUGAAACAUCAAAUACAUUCUUUUAUCCACCUCCACCACCAGCAUCAUCAGAUUCUUCAUCAAAUAAUACAAAUGAUUUAAUACUACAACAUACAGAUAUUAAACCACCAAAUCCAUAUUUAUUUUCAAAUACAAAAAGUGUUUCACCAUCACCACCAAGUCCAACAAAUAAUGUUGCGACAGCAUGGCCUGUUAUUAUGCAACAUCAUCCACAUAAAUCUAUUGAAGAUUAUUGGAAUUCAAAUUCAUCAAAUUAUUAUCAACCAUCCACCUAUCAUCAUCAUCCAAAUUAUAUGACAAAUCAUCAAUUUCUUCCAUCAUUAGAUCAUGAACAUAAUUUUCAUUCAAAUCAACCAGCAACAUCAUCAAAUCAAGGUUUACUUGAUGAUAAUGAUUUAAAUCUUUUACAAUUACGUACAAAUAAUGAUAAUGAUGAUGAUGAACAACAAUUACAUAUUGAUAAUAAUGAUUUAAAUCGUUUUUCGAAACAAUUUAAACAACGUCGUAUUAAACUUGGUUAUACACAAGCUGAUGUUGGUCUUGCACUUGGAAAUCUUUAUGGAAAUGUUUUUAGUCAAACAACAAUAUGUCGUUUUGAAGCGUUACAAUUAAGUUUUAAAAAUAUGUGUAAACUACGUCCAUUAUUAGCUAAAUGGUUAGAAGAUUCAGAAUCACAAACAGGUACAACAAAUUCAAUGGAAAAAAUAGCUGCAAGUGGACGAAAACGUAAAAAACGUACAUCAAUUGAAGUUAGUAUAAAACAAGCACUUGAAUUAGGUUUUGCUCGUAAUCCCAAACCAGUUGCACAAGAUAUAACACAAUUAGCUGAUCAAUUACAAUUAGAAAAAGAAGUUGUUCGAGUAUGGUUUUGUAAUCGAAGACAAAAAGAAAAACGUGUUACACCACCAUUAGGAAAUGGUUCAGCAUCAGCAUCCAAUAAUAAUCAUCAUCAUCAUCAUUCUCAACAUCAUAAUAUAAAAAGUCCAAGUUCACCAUCGACGCCGACAGAUACGCGAGGAGACUAUUAUGAUUAUCAUUAUUCAACACAUUUGUAA